AUGAACGCUCCUCACAGCUUGCAUGCUAGCUCGAUCAAGGCCAUCACAUACCCAGAAACCUGUGAUAGCACUGGCCAUCUCUUGGACAGAAGGUCUACCAAUACCGCCCACCCCACAGGAAAAGUGGCUCUUUCACACCGCUUGUGUAAACCCGCCGCAAAGUCUCGUGCGUGUACAAUGUCUCAUGGCAAGCUGCCGCUUACCACUACAAGUAGAGAACUGUCAAGUACGGCCAGCAUUAAUGCUGCAAUUGACUAUGUGAACAAGGAUACUACAGGUCUUCUUUUGCCGUUGACAGGCCUCAACACAGCCUUUGCCCGCCUCUACAUUUUUGACUGGGAUAACACGUUGUGUCCGACUGACUGGCUUUGUGAACUUUACUCCAGUUUCGGCCAGAGCGUUUAUACAGCCAAGCGCCCGUGUGCAGCACUAUAUUCUCCCGCUACACGAGCCCGCAUGGCUGCUCUGGAAUCAAGUGUUCGACUCCUGUUACAAAAGUGCAGAGAGCGCGGUCAGGUAGCUAUAGUGUCGAACGCUACCUCCAUAGGUCUUCUGAAGACACUCAUGCUCCUUCCAACUGUCCAAAAAACGCUGACUGAACUGCAGGUGCAGAUUGUGUCUGCUCGUGAUAUGUGUGAACCUCACGGCCUUCCAUUAGAAAAAUGGAAAGAUACCGCCCUUAUUCGGCUGGUCACGGCCUUCAUCCACAAGCGCCCAAAGCAAAAAUACUCUAUCAUGACGAUCGGAGACCAACAGCUUGAGCACAUCGCCCUUCAUAACGCAGCGGCGUACCUACUGCGAAAUCGUGGAUGGGAGUGCCAUCCAAAGUGUAUAAAAUAUUUGGAAAAUCCAUCCUUAGAAACUCUUACGCUGCAGACACUCUCCCUUACAGACCUUCUUGAUAGAUUUGCAGACGAGGAAAGCGGUACAUACUGGAUGCAGUGUGACGAGCUAUCAAGUUUCCCUCCGUCUUUGCAGGUAUACUAA